UCCAGAACCAAAGCCUGACCCAGAUGAAUUUACGACAAAUGUUAGCAACAACAAGGUCUUUUCCAAAAGAUCCCUAUGAGAAUUCAAUAUCGAGACCCCAUCAUAUUUAACAGACUUAUGCGAACGCUUAGAAAGAUUUAGAAACCACGGAUUGUUUUCUUCAUGGAAUUCUCAUUCAUUCUGAAACAUUUGAAGAACAUCUGGUAGAAUGGCGGAAUGUGUUGGGAAAGACUCGGAUAAGUACACUUGCCAACAAAUCAUCAUAAUGUGAGAUCAUAUUUUGAUUACGGAUAAAUCCGUUUACCUGAUCAAGAUAUCGGGCUCACGGCGGGUGUGACCGGUCGACAGGGGAUGCUUACUCCUCCUAGGGACCUGAUCCCACCUCUGGUAUUUCCAGGGAUCCGUGUAUGAUCAACUCUCCAUUUUGUAUUGCUAAUAGGAGUUAUGAGAUUGAUCACUGUUCGUUAUCUUCGCCUUUCAUCAUGCAGACAAGCCUAGAAUACUGAGGUCAUGUCAUAGGUGAAGGUGAGAUACAACUGACGAAAAGUGAACCGAGAGUCAUCGAAUCAGCAUCAAGACCAGAAAUCAUAAAGCAGGUGAGAUCAUUCUUAGGGCUAAUUGGAUACUACAGGAGAUUUGUUCCACGUUUUGCUAAGAUAGCAGGUGCAUCAUAGUUCAACGGAUUACCAAAUAAAUGUGAAUAAGAAAGUGAUCGUGCAAAUACAUAAACACGUCUGAAGCCAAUGUUACUUGCUACUCCUGUUCUCAGGUUACCAGAACAGGUGUAUCCAGCCUUGGGAGUGAUGCAACAUGAAGGUUGGAAGUACUCUGUGGUCGAUUGCUAUCGGAAAUUGCUAGAAAGGAAACAAAGAUACACUGUUAUAUAUGUAAAGUCCCGCAGCUCAGUCACAUUUUUGACAUUUAACUUUACUCUCCGUUGGUAUGGUGGGCCGAGCGGACCCAACUUUAGUAUUUGGACUCCACAAUCUAUGAAGGAUACUUGUCCAGAAAUUCCCUGACUAGGAUUCCUUGUUGCCUGUAUGUGAUAAUAAUGUUUGUACAUCAUCAGGUGUUGUCAUCCGACGUUUACUUGUAGUAGUCGUGGACCUUUUUGAUUUCUUAUUUCUGUUCCUAUCUAGUUCACAUUGUUUAGUUACUAUUAUUUUGUUCUUUGAUUGACAGGUGUCAUCCCCGAGUUUUACAAAUUUUAGGUUAGCGCUUAAAAACCCAAAACAACCCAAGUUUCAAUUGUGAGAUCAGAACUAAAUGUUGUCAGUGUGCUCAGCCAAUCAAAUCGUGUAACUGAUAAAACCAAAUCAUAUAAAAAUAUUGCAAACUUAACUUCAAAAUUCAAAAGGCAUUUAGCGGAGAAAAUUACUUUGAACCUUAUACCUGGUUUCCAUCGCAACAUAAAUGUCCGGGUAUACCCCGUGUAUGUGAUCUCUGAGGAAUAAUUUUAUUAACAGCAUGCUACUCUAAGAUAAUGCGUGUACAUGAAUGAUUUCUCCCUUCAUUUGAGAAACGUAAAUUUAUCUUUCUGCGAGAAAAAACAAGAGAAUCUGAAGAAGAAUUGUACCAUAUUAAAUUUGUGGAAUCGAUAUCAUUAUUUUAAAAUUUCAAGAACAGAUAAAGGCAUUUAAAAGUUGUGAAAACUUCAAUUCGAACAGAUCAGUUGAAGUUUGGACUGCAUUAAAUUGGUGUUUGUCUAUUCUAUGACUAAUGUCCUCAACUUCUUGGUGUACAUGUAAUUCUGAUGUAUUUGUAGGAAAAUGCUAAUACGGUAUAUAUGUAUUUUUUUUAAAUGUUGAAGCCUUAUGGUAUCUGGCCAAGUUUACAAUUCAUGAGGCUCUUCUUUGGAAAUGCUAUCGGUACAUUAAUUCUCAAGAAUACUACUUUUGUAAACAAGGCUUUGUUUGCCAACUUUACUGCUCUUUUCAAAUCGGAAAUUUGAACGAUUUGGAUGCAUUUGAAUGAAAUUUAAAUCGACGCACUACCAUUUUAAAAUUCCCUGUGCAUGGCCCGUGUGACAGUCAUCAAACGAUACCUGAGCGUUAACACAUUACACCAGUGACGCAAUGUCAAUCUAAUUAUUCACAGUGACCCCAUGGCCCAUAGGAAAAAAGAAUCUACACACCGUAUAUGUUUCGCGAUGUGAUUGGAAAUUAUUGACUUUUACCUCUUUGAUACUUAACUUUUAUUAACCUCCGAAUAUGGGGCGCUCCAUGUUUGUGAUUUUCGUGAUUGUGUGUUAUUUGUUGUGUGAGAAAUUAUCGGUCAUUAAUGGGAGGAGAAAACACUUUGGGACGGUAAAAGGAUUAGCUACCUUACCAGAGCAAGCCGAAACACUGAACAUAAAAUGCACAGACUGCACUUACAAAGAUCAAACUGAUAUCAAAAUUCGACAAUUACCCACACAAAGAAUUACUAAAUCAAAUCAGCGGAAGACACACCAUGGCAGAAGAAGAAAUCGUGGGAAAAUCAGAAGACACCAUAGAAACAGGAAUAACUUAAAACCCAGUCAUUAUCGAAAACCUUCCAACAUCAUGGCAGCAUCAGAUCCUUCUGCGCAUCACGUGAUUUAUCCAUCCAAUGAUCAACGAUACUCUCCUCUGUUACCAGAAGCCGCAGCUCGAUUGGAGGCCAGGUUACACCCUUCUCUGACAGCAUCUGUCCGUAAACUUAAAGCGACGCUUACAGACAUUCUCCAGAAGAUGAAACGAAAGAUCGAUGAGAUGCAUAUUGAACGCAGAGGCUCACAGUUAACAGCCAGAGACAACAUGAUGAAACUGCGAGAAGAGCUGCAGCAAAUCACGCGAGAAAACAACAAGGCAUACGACGUCAUUCUCGAUGUGUCGCAGCUUACUAGAAUGGUGAUUUUGAAACUAGGACGGCACGGAAUACCGGGACCCCAGCACCACAUGCAGAAGCCUCAAUGGUUAAGGGAGAUACGAGGCGGGAACCACCAGCAAAUGACAAAAGCCAGUAAUACCAGCUAUCUAGUAAAUGGCACUUACCGAAAGGUCAUGGGUAUGAAAAUUAAUUCUGUCCAACAAGAUUCCCAAAUGGGAAAGUUGAAUGACGUCAUGAAGGCUGGAUUAUCCGAUCUGGAGCGACUGAGAGACCUGAAAAUGCACGCCCGGCGUGUCCUCAACGAGCUGCAUAUAGGGAUAGAACAAACCGUCCUUCAAAAGAAAAUAGACCGAUACAGGCAAUUUGAGAACAACAUAAGAAAAAACGUGAAUGAGUCGCACGUAUUGGCAACAUCAGCAUACAGAGACCUCAAGUACUCCCAACGCACGUACGAAGACAAUCUGCAUCUCAAAAAGAGUAUAGAAAGGGAACGAAAAAGACGAGCUCAGCCCUCCAGAAGACGCAGGAAUGUCCACGUGGACAGUGCCGACUACCGGACACUGGUCGACAUGACAUAUUCCAAGUCCAGGAGGCUACAGAAAUCCGAGGAAACACUUAAUAGAACAAUCUUACCUAUACUAUCAAAAGCUCGACAAAUUACUCAUGGAGAUGGUGCCUUACCUGUAAUGCUUCAGGUACAGAAAAUUGACGACAGACUAAAGUCUUACAUGAAGAAAAUAGAUAGAGUCCUAGAUGAUCUCAGAAAGUUUUUGGGUGAUGAGGACGUUAUCGCAGAGCGAUGUCAUAAACUUAUCGCGUUAGGAGAAUUUGAGGUGGAGACGAGUGUCCUGGACUGCAACCCAUAUUGUGACGAGGAGGGAAGCGGAAGUGGAUGUGGUUCCGGUGAGGGAGAAGAGAUCAUUGACCCCGACACACCGCCAGUACCGUCUGUUCUGUCUCCGCUGAACGAGACAGAUUCAGGAACAGAAUCCAUCAGCGACGGAGACAGUGACUUUGUGUUCAUUGAUAAGGAUAACAUCACCCUCAAACCUUUGAAACCGGAUGUGAUGACAACUACAACCGUGGCUUCCACUACAAAGAAAUUAUCUUGGUGGGAUACACUUUUCAAAUCAAAAUCCAGUACACCUUCCAUUACAACAACUAAUGCCGUUCAAACAACACUACCAUCGUUAACAAUGAUUACCUCGACAGAGAAAACAAUAGAAACAUCAACAGCAAUGUCCACCUCAACAACACUACAACCGCCAAAAACUACAACCUCAACAACACAACAGCCGCCAAAAACUACAACCUCAACAACACAACAGCCGCCAAAAACUACAACCUCUACAACACAACAGCCGCCAAAAACAACAAAGAAAUCCACACACCCACCCAGUACCAGAGAAACAACAAAAGCAACAACGACAACAAUCCAUUCAACAACACCAAGUACAACAACAAAAGCAACAACUACAACAAUCCAUUCAACAACACCAAGUACAACAACAAAAGCAACAACGACAACAAUCCAUUCAACAACACCUAGUACAACAACAAAAGCAACACCUUCAACAUCAACAACAACAAAUACACCUUCAACAACAGUAACAACGGCACCAAGAAAACCGACCACAGUCACUGCUCCAUCAACAACAAUAAAAACAACAGAUGCAUCAAAUUUGGUUGAUAUUGCAAUAAGUGGUAGUGGGGAUAUUGAUGAUACAGAAACUGAAAUUGAAUUACAAACCACCAAAUUAUUACCUAAAGUCACAACAACGACGUUAUCAACAUUAAUUGAAAUAGGUAGUGGUGACGAUGAUUUAAUCAUUGUUGAUGAGGACGAAAAGAAAGAAAUUCCCAGUACCACACCAAAAUCAUUUAUUUGGCCCUGGGGUUGGGCAGGAGACGACCCGAGAGCCGGAAUUCCAAAUUUAUUCAGAGACAGGCUGAGCGAGAAAGCAAAUAUUUUUAAAUCUAAAGCUGUUGACUUGUUUGAAGAAUCAGUCAAACUUCGAGAACGAGUAGCCGAUAUUACCCAGAAAAACACCCUUCUUGCGGUACGAAGGGAGGGUCUAGAAGUGUAUGUGUCCAACCUCCAGGAAACAUCUUACCUUUGGAACACAACAAAAGUCAUAGUUAACGAUGCAAAACCUCGGAUGAACAAGAUUUCUAAACCUUUUCUCAGAAGAAUUGAACAAAUUGUGAACAAAUCUCGCGAGUUUGGUAAAAUAGCCACAGAAAAACUAGCGGAGUAUGAGGGAGCCUCGGUAUCAUCGAAGAGGAACGAAGAGUCCCGAAAGACAGCCCAAAUUCUCACCGAUUUAUUAUCCAAAGUAUCGGAUAUUAAAAAAAGUAGGCAGGAGAUGAAAAGAAUUUUGACAUUGACCACCGACCCAUGUUCAAAGAUACAAACAAGUGCAGCUUCUCUGCGGAAUAAUAUAGCAGAUUUAAGGAAAAAAAUAGAGCAAGCCAAACGCAUCGCCAGUGCUAUGCCGGCUUCCAUAUCAAUGGAUGGCAAAGAAUCGCUAUCGUUGACCGUAACCUCGUCUUCACUCUUCAAAUCACCAUUCUCUGCUUUCGGAUUCUGUCUCAAACCAGAAAAAAGUUCCAUGGCCAUUGCAACUUUGUAUAACCCAGCAUCGUCAAACUGGGUAGUGGAACUAGAGGACAGUAAGCCAAAAAUCACCUUCUACGGUACCAAUGGAGAGAAAACGGGACAAAUGCAGUCACAAACAGAGGUUCAGCUCGGGAAAUGGAUUGACUUGAAAAUUUCCAGAUAUGGUAGUUCUGUUUUGUUAAAUACAACCGAUCUCGAGACAUCUAGAAGUGUGGUAGAAGCAAAGGCCAUUAGUGAACUCCCUGUAGUAAUAGAACAGCCAAAGUCAGCCAUUGUAGGAUUUGCAAAGAAUAAAGAAAAUUUUAUGGGCUGUAUUGCAGACGUGACCUUAAAUGAUGAAAAACUGGGAUUACUUGCCUCAAAACUAAGAAAAACUCCCUGCAAAAGCAAUUGCGUUAGAGCCAGCAAUGCAGCAGCCAUGGUGUUUGACGGAAAUGGAUUUGUGAAAUUUUCUGUGGAUAUGAUAUACCAACUUUACCCAAUUAAAGAAAUCACGCUCCAGUAUAGGACAUAUCAAGACAACGGCAUACUGUUGCUUCUCAACGAUCGUCUGCAGGCAUUACAAGUUCUGAUAUCCGUCAUGGACUGUAGAUUACACGUGGAGGCGCGGAUCAACAGGGGAACCACCGUUGUUCGUAGUAAUUCUACUCAGUACUGUGAUGGAAAACAGGGAUUUGUGAAGUUAGAGUUUGGAAAAGAUAUAGACGUUAAAACCAGUAAAGCAGACGAAGUAUUUCUCCCAGAAUCCAGCACACAGGAAAUCACCCCCUCCAUAGAUGAUGGUGUUUACUUGGGAGGGUUAGGAUCUCAGAACAAGAUGAUAUCUGGAAAAAGUAAACUCAGGUCUGUCGUUGGAUGCAUCUCGAACUUGGUUAUAGAAAACAAGGAAUUUCCUUUUUACAUGGCGGAGGGUGGUAGGAACGUACAUCUAGGAAACUGCGAGCAUAAUGCAUGGUUUAAGUGCGUGCGAUUUGACGACAAGAGUGAACCAAUAGUCCUUGAUAAAGGAAGAGAUGCAAAAUUUGUGUCCCUUGCCAUUACUCGUGAUUCCAUGGGGAGAGUCCUUAACUACAAAACGAAAGACUUUGAUGUUGAUGUCCUGGUGGAUGGUAAAGGAAUAGAAAUUGUGGACAAUAAAGAAGAGGACCGUUAUCAUCUUCCUUCUUCCCUUGAUCACACAAAUCAUUGGUUGGUUCUGUCUAUCAACGACAAAGAUGAGAAAAUAAUCCUAAGUCUCAAUGGCACCUCCGUUGAAGUCGCGUAUAGUACUGGGUGGUUUGCUAGUGCCGCUGACUUACAAUACACUGUCACUGUUGGAGCUUCUGGGGACGGAUCAGAAAGUUUCGUUGGUGGAAUAGCUCGUUUGAUUAUCGAUGACAGGGAGACUCCACUUGACAAUUACAGAAGCUCUCAUCACCUGCAGAACUGCAGACGACCGUUAGUCGACGCUUUGGACACUGCGAAUAUGUCAGAAAAACCUGUCUGCUGAAGAGAGCUGUUGGUUGUUUAUUUACCGGUGUUUGUCAGGAUGCAAAAUGAAUACGUCACAGAGAGUUGACAUGCCAAGGUUAUGGCAUGCUUUAUCUGAUAGAGGUGUCAUUUUUCAAAAUUGUAUUUCCAUCAUAACAGACUGAUGAAAAUAAUGUAACUGAAAAAAGGUUAUGUUUGCAAACUCGUUUAACACAAGGCAUAAAGUAGAAAUCAAUUGUAUUGAUCACUGAGCACAUUCUGUUAAGUAUAUUCGUGGAUAAUCCUGUACAUGUUCAAUCAAAAUCAUAACCAUUUUUCUUGUUUUCAAAAUAAAGUAGCUGAUUUCCGCUAAAGUCUAUCAUGAAAAUAAUUACGAAUUAUAAUCAAAGUUUUACAAUCAAUUUCUGUUUUAUUUCUGAAGUUUCAUCAUACAAUUUGAAUCAAUGUGAUGCCAGUUGUUAAACUGAGAAAAUUUUAUUGCUGUAUUUUGGUGAUGUAUCUUAUGGCUGUGUAUGCGUUCAAGCUCCUUCGAAAUAUGUUUUAAUGACCGAUGGAGUUUACCAUUUUUGUGUGAAAAUUCUACAGAAAUAAAAUGUUUCGAAAAUCAGA